AUGCUCCCAUCCGGCUACGAGUGCGUGGUCAACAUCACCGACACGGCCGGGCAGCAGGAGUACACCUCGCUGCGGGACCACCAGCUCCGCCAUGCCGAGGGGUUCCUCUUGGUAUACUCCAUCUGCGAUGCCACCUCCUUCGAUGAGGCCAAGGCCCUGAAGGAGGCCAUCGAGCGGGUCAACGAGCACCAGACCGUGGCCACGCCGGUGGUUUUGGUGGGCAACAAGAUUGACCUUGAGGCCGAUCGCCAGGUGAGCACCCGCGACGCGAGCGCAUACGCCACCGAGCUCGGCAUUCCUUUCUUCGAGACGUCGGCAAAGACUUCCCAUGGCGUGGAGGCCGCCUUCCAUGCGCUCAUCACCGAGCUGCGAAAGUUCCGCGCGGUAUCAAAUGCCCCGCCGUCGCCAGAGCAGGCUGCCGACCUGGCGCAGUCCUCCGCCGCGGGGUCGGCGUCGGCCGGUGCGCAGGGGGACCUUUCGGCCAGCGGGUCCAAGUCCUCAUCGUCCGGCGGUGGGAGGCGCCGUGGCCGGCGCGGCCAGUCCGGCGAUAAGGGGUCCUCCUCCGGGGGCUCCUCCGGCAAGCUGUGCAUCCUUGUUUAA